AUGGAACUCAUUAAGGUGUUCAUAGUCUGCUACGAAACGAGCUUUGUAAAUAUUACGUCAUCAAAAGGUGCAGUUUCACGCGUUGUCUCUUCUUUACUAUUUUGUUUGCCUUCUUUUUUUUUUCAUUAUUUCUUUGUCUUUCAUCAGUUUUCUUUUCUCCGCUCCCGUGUGUCCUUUUUCUUCUACUUUUCUUUCUUUGUUUCUUUGAUUUCUUUCGCUGUUUUUCUUCUUUCAUUCUUUCUUUCUUUCUUUCUUUCUUUCUUUUUGCUUUUUUCUAUCUUCAUUCCUCUCUCUGCUUUCGUUUCUCGCUUUCAUUUCGUCCUUGCUUUAGUUGAUUUCUUUCGCUGUUUUUCUUCUUUCAUUCUUUCUUUCUUUCUUUCUUUUUCUUUCUUUCUUUCUUUCUUUCUUUCUUUCUUUUGCUUUUUUCUAUCUUCAUUCCUCUCUCUGCUUUCUUCUUUCGCUUUUUUCUUCUUUCAUUCUUUGUUUUUUUUCUUUCUUUCUUUUUUUUCUUUUGCUUUUUUCUCUUUCAUUCCUCUUUCUUUUUCUGUCUUUUUUAGUAUUUUUUCUCUUUCUUUCUUUCAUUCUUUCUUCUUUCUUUCUUUCUUUCUUUCUUUUGCUUUCAUUUUUCAUUCCUCUCUGCUUUCGUUUCUUUUCGUUUCGUCCUUUUUUGAUUUCUUUCUUUUUUCUUCUUUCAUUCUUUCUUUCUUUUUCUUUCUUUUUUUUUUUUCUUUCAUUUCCUCUUUUUUUUCUAUUUUCAUUCCCUCUUUCUUGAUUUCUUUCGUUUUUCUUCUUUCAUUUCUUUCUUUCUUUUUUUCUUUCUUUCUUUCUUUAGUUUGUUUUUCUUCUUUUUCUUCUUUCGUUUCUCUUUCUUUUCUUUCUUUUUUUUGCUUUCUUUUUUUUUCCUUCUUUUCUUUCUUUCGUUUUCUUUUGCUUUUCAUUUCAUCCUUUCUCGCUUUCUUUAUCCUGAUUUUUUCUUUGUUUUUUCUUCUUUCUUUCUUUUCUUUCUUUCUUUCUUUCUUUUCUUUCUUUUUUUUUUUUUUCUAUCUUCAUUCCUCCCUCUGCUUUCUUGAUUUUUUCUUUUUUUCUUUUUUCUUUCUUUCUUUCUUUCUUUCUUUCUUUCUUUUUUUGCUUUUUCUAUCUUCAUUCCUUCUCUGCUUUCUUUCUCGCUUUCAUUUCGUCCUUGUUUUGAUUUUUUCUUUUUUCAUUUCAUUCUUUUUUUCUUUCUUUCUUUUGCUUUUUCUAUCUUCAUUCCUCUCUCUGCUUUCGUUUCUCUGUUCAUUUCGCCAUUGCUUUUUGAUUUUCUUUCGCUUUUUCUUCUUUUCUUUCUUUCUUUUUUCUUUUUUCUUUCUUUCUUCAUUUUUUUUUCCUUCUUCCUCUCUCUGCUUUCUUGAUUUCUUUCGCUGUUUUUUCUUCUUUCAUUCUUUCUUUUCUUUCUUUCUUUUCUUUCUUUUUUUUCUUUCUUCAUUUUCUUUCUUUCUCUUUUUUUCCUUUUUGAUUUCUUUCUCUUUCAUUUUCUUUUUUUUCUUUCUUUCUUUUUUUUUUUCUCUCUGCUUUCAUUUCUCCAUUGCUUUAGUUGAUUUUUCUUUCUUUUUCUUUUUUUUUUCUUUCUUUCUUUCUUUUUCUUUCUUUUGCUUUUUCUUUUUCCUCUCUUUUCUUUUCAUUUCUUGCUUUAUUGAUUUCUUUCAUGUUUUUUUCUUCUUUCUUUUUUCUUUCUUUCUUUUGCUUUUUUUUCUUUUUUUUCUUUUCAUUUCUUCCUUGCUUUCUUUUCUUUUUUUCUUUUUUUCUUUCUUUCAUUCUUUUUGCUUUCUGCUUUUCUUGAUUUCUUUCGCUGUUUUCUUCUUUCAUUCUUUUCUUUUUUCUUUUCUUUUUUUUUCUAUCUUUUCUUUUCUUUCUUUUCUUUUUAGUUUUUCUUUCGCUUUGAUUUCUUUCUUUUUUCUUUCUUUUUCUUUCUUUCUUUUGCUUUUUCUAUCUUCUUUCUCUCAUUUUGUUUCUCGCUUUCAUUUCUUUUCUUUUUCUUUCCUGUUUUUUCUUCUUUCUUUUUUUCUUUCUUUUUUUUGCUUUUUCUAUCUUCAUUUUCUCUCUCUGCUUUCGUUUCUCGCUUUCAUUUCAUCCUUUUUAGUUGAUUUCUUUCUUUUUUCUUCUUUCAUUUUUUUUCUUUCUUUUUUCUUUUUUGCUUUUUUCUAUCUUCAUUCCUCUCUCUGCUUUCGUUUCUCCUUUCAUUUCAUCCUUGCUUUAGUUGAUUUCUUUCGCUGUUUUUUCUUCUUUCAUUCUUUUCUUUCUUUCUUUCUUUUCUUUUUCUUUUGCUUUUUUUCUAUCUUCAUUCCUCCUCUGCUUUCGUUUCUCUUUCAUUUCAUCCUUGCUUUAGUUGAUUUCUUUCGCUGUUUUCUUCUUUCUUUCAUUUUCUUUCUUUCUUUCUUUUUUUGCUUUUUUUCUUCUUUCCUCCCUCUUUUCGUUUCUUUUUUUCGCCAUUGCUUUAGUCUUCAUUUUCUUCUUUCAUUCUUUCUUUCUGCUUUCUUUUCUCUUCAUUUCUCUCUGCUUUUUUCUCGCUUUCAUUUCAUCCUUGCUUUAGUUGAUUUCUUUCGCUGUUUUUUCUUUCUUUCUUUCUUUCUUUCUUUCUUUCUUUUUUUGCUUUUCUAUCUUCAUUCUUUUCGCUUUCUUUCUCUGAUUUCUUUCGUUUUCUUCUUUCUUUCAUUUCAUUCUUUCUUUCUUUCUUUUCUUUCUUUCUUUUUUUUUCUUUUGCUUUCUUUUCUUUUUCAUUUCUUGAUUUCUUUCGCUGUUUUUUCUUCUUUCUUCUUUUCUUUCUUUCUUUCUUUUCUUUUUUCUUUUUUCUUUUUUUUCUUUUUUCUUCUUCAUUCCUCUCUGUGCUUUCUUGAUUUCUUUCGCUUUUUUUCUUCUUUUUCUUUCUUUCUUUCUUUCUUUCUUUCUUUUUUCUUUUAUUUUUCUAUCUUCAUUUCCUCUCUCUGCUUUCCUUUUUUCUUCUUUUUUCUUUUCCUUUCUUUCUUUCUUUUUUUCUUUUGCUUUUCUAUCUUCAUUUCUCUCUCUGCUUUCGUUUCUCGCUUUCAUUUCGUCCUUGCUUUAGUUGAUUUCUUUCGCUGUUUUUUCUUUCUUUCAUUCUUUCUUUCUUUCUUUUCUUUCUUUCUUUUUCUUUUUUUGCUUUUUUCUAUCUUCAUUCCUCUCUCUGCUUUCUUGAUUUCUUUCGCUGUUUUUCUUCUUUCAUUCUUUCUUUCUUUCUUUCUUUUGCUUUUUUCUAUCUUCAUUCCUCUCUCUGCUUUCGUUUCUCGCUUUCAUUUCAUCCUUGCUUUAGUUGAUUUCUUUCGCUGUUUUUCUUCUUUCAUUCUUUUUUUUCUUUCUUUCUUUCUUUCUUUUUUUUUUUUCUAUCUUCAUUCCUCUCUCUGCUUUCGUUUCUCCUUUCAUUUCAUCCUUGCUUUAGUUGAUUUCUUUUCCUGUUUUUCUUUCAUUCUUUUCUUUCUUUCUUUUCAUUCUUUCUUUUCUUUUUGCUUUUUUUCUAUCUUCAUUCCUCUCUCUGCUUUCAUUAUUUAUGAACGGCAUUAUUUGAUUUUUUUUUCCUAUUGCAACUUUAUCUUUUCGUUUGUCAUCGCCAUUUUAUAUUCUUUCUUUUUUUUUUCUUUUUUACCUUGUUAUUUUUGUUUCUCUUCUUUUCUUUCGUAUACUCCAUUUUUCAGCUGCUCAUCAAACCUUUCUUUUCCUCUUUUCUUAAUUCGAUUAAAACUUUGCCAAACCGAUGUUUUCAGCAUUUUUUUUCAAGAGACAGAAUCAAAAUAA